UUGGCUACAGAGACCCGAGUGACAAAUCCAACAAUCGAGAGAGGAAGAGGUGAAUGAAUUGGACGUAAAAUAAAUAAAGUCAAGGGAACCCUAAUUGACUAAUUCCCGUCGAUCGCAAAAUCUCCCAAUUCGAAAACCCUAAAUUCGCAUUUCCAAAUUACACUGAAAGAUAAAAAAUUUCAGCAUAAUUCAUUUUCAAUCUGACAAGAGAUGAGACGAUCUUUCAUAUUCCUUUUGCUGUUAACGAUCUUAUUUUCUCCAUCAAUACGCGGCUUCUUCUGCUCAGAGAUCUCACAAGCCUCUCUUUCCAAUCAUUUUCUGCCGCCCCGCCCUAACGAUGGAAUAGCUGUGGUGGUUACUCUGGACGGAACGAUGCAUUUAGUGGACAGAGUAUCAAGGAAAGUUCACUGGUCACUUGCAUCGGGUAGGCCAAUUUAUUCAUCUUAUCAGGCCUUCCAUGACCGCGACAAUGAUAAGCUUAAUGCAUCUGGACCAAACACUGAUUUGUAUGUAGACUGUGGAGAUGAUUUGCAACUCUAUGUCCAUAGCUGGCGCCAAGGAAGAUUGAAAAAACUUGAACUGAGCGCUGAAGAAUAUGUUAGAAGAACACCCUACAUAGCAGAGGAUGGAGGGAUCACUUUGGGAGUAAAGAAGACAACUGUUUACUUUAUUGAUGCAAACUCUGGAAGAAUAAUACAAACUUAUCGGUUGGAUGAUCCUCCCUCUACAAUAGAUGUUCAGAAUAAUGCAGGAAAAACAGUUCUGUGGGCAAAGGAUGCUAAAGCACUGGUGGAGUCUAGUCCUGUUAACUCAACAACAGUUCAGCAGCUUGUCUAUAUAAUGAGGACAGAUUAUGUGCUGCAGUAUUAUUCUCCAAACUCUGCUGAAGUAUUAUGGAAUUUGGCAUUUGCCAAAAUUGAUGCUGAAUUUCGAUGUCAAGAAUCAGAGAAAAAACUUUCUGUAGACUACUUGCACGAUUCUGACUUGCAAUUGCCUUGUCAGAUGAGGCCUGUUGUUAUCCAAAUUCGUGAUCAUAAAUUAUUGGAGUCUCUCCCUGUCUUUGGCUGGCUAGAUGGAAUAAUCCCUCUGCCAGCUUUAAAUCAAAACCCUCACUUGCCACCUGCUGAAAUAUUACCACUUCAAAAUCCUCACUUGCCACCUGCUGACAUAUUACCACUGGCUCUUCCUAAUGACAAGGCACGGCUUGCUCUGCCAGCUUCCGAGAUGGAAAAUCCUCUUAUGCUAGAUAACAUUAAUAUAAACAUCACAAGGAGGUUUCACAUGGCGGGAUCCAGCAUACAGUCUUUCGUUGCUUUCUUUGCUACCCUGUUGACUAUUAUUGGCUUAGCCUUUUACCGCUUAAAACAGGAUAAGGGGAGUAAGCAGGAUCAGGAAUUUAAAUUGCAGGUAGUACAUAAAAAGAAAAAACCUAAGAGAUCUGGGAAUAGUAAGAACAGUGCCAAUAAUGAAAAAAGGAAGAAACUUGUUUCAGAGGGGAAUGAGGCUGGAAAAACCAACAGACUUCCAUAUAAUGAAGGGAAUGAAGGCAAAUCAUUGCUGACCAUUACAGAUCUUGUUGAUGGUCGUUUAGAUGGAUGUAGAAUUGGUAAGUUGCAUGUUUACAACAAAGAAAUAGCUAAAGGAAGCAAUGGUACGAUUGUGCUUGAGGGGAUUUAUGAUGGCCGUCCAGUAGCUGUUAAACGUCUUGUGCAGACUCAUCACGAUGUGGCUUUGAAAGAGAUUCAGAACCUUAUUGCAUCUGAUCAACAUCCAAAUAUUGUCCGCUGGUAUGGUGUAGAGUUUGAUCAGGAUUUUAUUUAUCUCUCUCUAGAGCGUUGUACCUGUAACUUAAACGACCUGAUCUAUGUAUACUCUGAAUCUUUUCAAAAUCAAGCAAUUGACAAGGAUGAAGAUUCAAAACUUUUCAAUGAGUAUAAUGUUCGAUUACGUCCUGAGAUGGAAAAUAACAAGGAUAUUGAACUUUGGAAGCCUAAUGGGUGUCCUUCGCCCCAUUUGUUGAAACUGAUGAUAGAUAUUGUCUCUGGGCUUGCCCAUUUACAUGAACUUGGCAUCAUACAUCGAGAUCUAAAGCCUCAAAAUGUUUUGAUAAUCAAGGAGAGAUCCUUAUGUGCAAAGCUUUCAGACAUGGGCAUUAGCAAGCGCUUGAUUGGGGACAUGUCUUCCUUAACCCGGAGUGCUACUGGUUAUGGAAGUUCAGGUUGGCAAGCACCUGAACACCUUCGUCAAGGACGCCAAACACGUGCUGUGGAUUUAUUUAGUUUAGGCUGUGUUCUAUUUUUUUGCAUCACUGGUGGUAAACACCCUUAUGGGGAUAGUAUUGAACGUGAUGUAAAUAUUGUGAAUGACCGAAAGGACCUCUUCUUAGUAGAGAGUAUACCAGAAGCAAUGGACCUUUUCUGUCAUCUCUUGGAUCCCAACCCAGAAAUGAGGCCAAAGGCGCAGGAAGUUUUGCAGCAUCCCUUUUUUUGGAGUUCCGAGAUGAGACUUUCAUUUCUUCAAGAAGCUAGUGAUCAUGUUGAAUUGGAAGACAGGAAGAGUGAAUCAGAACUAUUAAAUGCAUUAGAAAGUAUUGCAGCAGUAGCUUUGGAUGGGAAAUGGGAUGAAAAGAUGGAAACUGCAUUCAUUAAUAACAUCGGUCAGUAUAGGAGAUAUAAUUUUGAAAGUGUUCGUGACCUAUUACGGGUAAUAAGGAACAAGUCACAUCACUACAGGGAACUUCCUCAAGACAUCCAAGAAUUAUUGGGGCCGGUUCCUGAAGGAUAUGAAGGCUAUUUCUCUAGUCGAUUUCCAAAACUUUUGAUUGAGGUUUAUAAGGUACUGUAUAAGCACUGCAAAGGGGAGAAAUUCUUCCAGAAAUAUAUAAAGAGCAAUCUAAUCUAAUUGUCAUUUGUUUCUAUCCAGCUGGCUCAUGUGCUUCUCAUACAAGAAUAUUUACAACUUCUGUAAAUAGAAAUUGUAUCAUGUUGCAAAAAUUUUAUGUGUCAGUGAUUAAUUUAUAUUGUCUAAGUCUAACCAUAAGUUUAAUUUUGUAGUUUUGUCUUUUGUAAUUUUUAAGCAGUAUCUCCGAACCAGAGCAGUGAGCAAUGUUGAAAAUUUGGAGGUGGAUGAUUCCUGGUGCUAGUGGUUCCUUUGUUUACUUUAGUCGGUAGCUAUUUUUUUCGUAGGAUAACAAUAUGCAUAAUUACCCUAUUAUUGCAGGCGAGGGAAAGGACUUCUAACUUCAAAGAGUUUUAAUAGUUUUAGGGUUAAC